GUCGAGCAACGCAUCGGCGAUCGGACGAAGGUCCCCUUCUCGAGCUAGUAUUCUCGUCGGCAUUGCCUUUUCCUCGGCGGCGAUUGAUGGGGAGCUGUCACUCGAGCGAGGCCUCGACCGUGGCGUCGGCCGCUGCGACGGCGAAGGUGGUGCUCUCCGACGGCGGGCUCCACGAGUACCCGAGGCGGGUGACGGCAGGAAGCGUCCUGGGGAAGGACGCCGGGAGCUUCUUCGUGUGCGAUGCGGACGAGAUGGAGAUCGAGGGGUUCGUGCCGGCGGUGGGGGCGGAGGAGGAGCUCCUGCCGGGGCAGCUCUACUUCGUGCUCCCGCGGGCGAUGCUGAAGCACCCGCUGAUGGCCGACGAGCUCGCGGCGCUCGCGGUGAAGGCGAGCGCCGCGCUGGUGGGGAGAUGCGGCAAGGGGGCGUUGGCGCCGCUGGUGUUCCCGGCGGCAAGUGUGGAGGACGGAGCCGGCGAUCGGAGAAGCCGGGAGAAAGGGCGGAAGAAGAGGGCAAGAUCUGGUAGAGGGAGGAAAUUUGCGCCGCAUCUGAGCGCCAUUCCCGAGUAGAAGAAGUGGAGGGCAAAUCGGAGAUCGUAUUUUCUUCUAGAGCCUAGAGGCCGGGAGAGCUGCUGGUUGAGCUAGAAAUUAAGAGUCGGGCAACGAGUACUGGAACUAGGAUUGCAUGGAACGAUCGGUGUGGGCUUUCGACAUCAUUAAUGUUGAGCUGACGAUGGACAAACCAUCGUAACAUUGUACAUAAUAACGGCAGGAAGAAAGCGCUAACAUUGUAUCGGAGAUCUCUCAAAAAAUAUUGUAAGGAGCGACGUCGCUCCUCUGUCGAUUUAAUUCGUGUGUAAGAAAUUGGUGUGCGACCAACAAUGAAUGAAUGAUUUUUUUUUUCUCUCGAAA